AUGGAUCAUGAAGAUAUGGUUGGGAUACACUCUUUUGAGAAUGUAAGUUCGAAUAAGAAGACAUUAUUAUAUUUAUUAGAUAGUACAUCUUUAGUAUUUGGGAUUGGUGCAGGCAUACUUCAGUUGGAAUCAAUUUAUGGCUUUUUAAUGUUUUUCUGUUGCUAUUUUGUAGUAUCGACUAUUUUCAUUGCAUAUAUUUGUAAAUUUAAACCAUCUAAGUAUUAUGUCAAUCCAAUCCAGGAGAUAUAUUUUGAUUCGUUAUUCAGGGAACUAGCAGGUUUUGUAAUGGCUUGGACAUUUUCUUAUGCUUUUGUAGGUUAA